AUGGACUCCAUAACACAAACAAUCCAGAAAGCAAGGCAAGCUGCCGACGCUAUUCCUAAGCACUCGCCAGACCGACCAUCACGCCUAGCUCGCCUUGCCAAACAGCUCAACAGAAAGUACUCGGCAACUGGUGCAACAGAUUACCUUGACGAAGGUAUCGAACUUCUACGCAUAGCUGUCAGAGCAUCGCCAGACGAUGAUCCAAACAGAGGUCGAAUUGUGCAUAGCCUUUCUUCCCAACUUCACGACAGAUAUAUAAGACAAAAGUCUGUACCCGAUCUUCUCAAGGCCGUCCUAGUCGCUAGAGACUCGAUAGACGCGUGCGGAGAUGAUGACCCAGCUUUGCCCUUGUUUUGGGGGAACCUAGGAAGUCUGCUGAUAGACAGGUACUAUGCCAAGGGUUUCAAAUCGGACCUUCAUGAGGCAGUGGACUGCACUCGUAAAGCUCUGAAUAUGAUGGAUAAACGUAACCCGUUACGUGCUACGCUCUUGGACAAACUUAGCGUCGCCUUGGGUCACUUGCAUUGGAGGGCUGGGUCUAAGUCUGACCCCAAAGUUCAAAGAUAUAUUGAGGAUGCUAUAUCAGCAAGCCGGGAAGCUGUGGCAUUGACACCAAAGCAUCACCCGAGACUGGCUGGUCGAUUGAAGAACUUGGGGACUCAUCUGGGCCACAAAUACCACUUGGCUGGGACAAACAGCGGGCUCCAAGAGUGUAUCAAAUGUCACGUCGCCGCUCUCCGCGCAGAACAGUCGCCAACCCUCCGGCGGAUCCAGGCAGCUGACGAUGCUCUGCCCUACUGUGCCGACCUCAAAGACUGGAAUCUAGCCUUCAAUGUCGCUACCAAUGCGGUUGCCCUGUUUCCAAAACUCAUAUUCCGGUCACAUCAACAUUCAGACAAAUUACACAUGUUGGGCAAGGUUUCCGGAUUAGCAUCUGAUGCUGCCGCCAUGGCCCUGAAUGCGGGGAAGGGUCUUGACGUAGUCUUGGCCAUACUUGAACGGGGUAGAGGGUUGCUUUCUCAGUCAAUGGAGGAGAUGAGGACUGAUCGCGCGAGCUUAAAGGCUCAGCACCCGCAGUAUGCAGAGGAACUGGACAGGAUUCGGGCCGCACUCGACUUUCCGCUAAAGUACAACGAUUCCCUGGAAGAUCCUGAGGAGACUUGGGAGGCCGAGUCAAUUCUUCGGAAGAAAGCUGACAAGAUGCUGGACGACUUACUCGCCAAAAUCCGCAAGCAGCCUGGCUUUGAAGACUAUCUUCUACCACCCUCAGAAACAGCAAUGAGGGCAGCGGCUCAAAAGGGCCCCAUAGUUGUUAUCAACGUGAGCCAGUUCCGAUGCGACGCGAUCAUCGUCAAGCCUGACCGACUUCAUCUAUUACCCCUACCCAAACUUACACUGUCGGCCGUGGAAGACGCUUAUAUGGCUGAACCCGGCCUACCUUCUGUCCAGCCUUCCGGUCCGUUGCCACAAGGGCCUGUAUCCAACAGCAAUUAUAACAUCUGGGAGGCUUUCGUAUCCAAUAUGGGAUGGGAUGGACCUUUGACAAACCCAGCUUCGAGCGGCUUGAGCAGGAAGCCAUCUAAUGCUCUUGGAUCGCCCAAAGUCCUCCGCUGGCUGUGGGAAACCACAGCGAAACCGGUAUUGGACUAUCUCGGCUACAAAGCUAUACCAAAAGACGGUAAAUGGCCUCAUCUAUGGUGGAUACCGACUGGUAGUCUCAGCAGGUUCGCGAUCCACGCCGCUGGUGACUACUACCCUGGGACCUCUGAAACGGUUCUUGACAGGACUGUAUCAUCUUACAGCUCCUCUAUAAAGUCCAUCAUCCAAAGCCGAAGAAGGAGGAUUGCAGUACACAAAUCUCCUUAUGCUCUGCUCGUCGCGAUGGAAACCACAAAAGGUUGCAGCUCAAUGCUACCUUUCGCUUCCAAGGAGGUUUCUCUUGUGGGCGAUAUUUGCAGAUCAAUGUCCCUUCGUCCACUGCAGCCUGGAAAGCAAAAACGGGAUAUCGUCCCUCAUUUACGCGACUGCACUAUCUUCCACUUUGCAGGCCAUGGCCAAAGCGAUGACAAAGAUCCUUUAAACAGCAGGCUCUUGCUCAACGAUUCGAGAAGUGAUCCAUUCACAGUUACUUCGCUAUUUGAUACUAAACUGCACGACAAUCCACCAUUCCUUGCAUACCUGUCAGCCUGCGGGACAGGUCGUAUGGACAAUGAUAGGUUCUCAGACGAAGGCAUCCACUUGAUCAGUGCAUGUCAACUCGCGGGAUUCCGACAUGUGAUAGGUACAUUGUGGGAAGUUAAUGACGAGUCCUGUGUCGAGAUGGCAAGGGUACUCUAUGAGAAUAUCAAGCAUCAAGGGAUCACAGACGACGCUGUCAGUCGUGGAUUGCAUGCGGCAGCACGUCGCCUUCGGGAUGCAUGGUCGAGGAAAUUUACUGAUGGUGGAAGUCGCGGAGGUGUAGCCAGAAGGAAGAAGCAAAGAUCCCCAGAGAUUCGAAGAAACGGCGGGAGAGACAUUAUAGCCUGCGACGAUGAUGAUGAUGGCACGGAGCCGCUCUACUGGAUUCCUUUCGUUCACUUUGGUGUAUAG